AUAUAUAUUAAGAGUCACUUUGCUUUACUAGGCUUAGGGUUUUCGCAGCCGCUUUAAAAGUACCUCCUCUUCCUUGCAGAGCUCUUUGCUGUUGAUCCUCUCUCUCUCUCCUUCCAUCGACAAACAUGGGUAAGACAAGAGGUAUGGGAGCUGGGCGCAAGCUCAAAAGGCUUAGGAUUAAUCAGAGGUGGGCUGACAAACAGUACAAGAAGUCCCAUCAGGGUAACGAGUGGAAGAAGCCUUUUGCUGGUUCCUCCCACGCCAAAGGAAUCGUUCUUGAGAAAAUUGGUAUUGAGGCUAAGCAGCCUAACUCUGCUAUCCGUAAGUGUGCUAGAGUUCAGCUCAUCAAGAACGGCAAGAAGAUUGCCGCUUUUGUCCCCAACGAUGGUUGCUUGAACUACAUUGAGGAAAAUGACGAGGUGUUGAUCGCUGGGUUUGGUCGUAAGGGUCAUGCUGUGGGAGAUAUUCCCGGAGUCAGGUUCAAGGUCGUCAAGGUUUCUGGUGUCUCACUUUUGGCCCUAUUCAAGGAGAAGAAGGAGAAGCCAAGAUCUUAAUCAAUGCCGCAAAGCUUUUGAGUUUGAUGUUAUAAUCACUUUUUGCUAGUUCAGUUUUUUUUUAAAAUACUCUCUUCUGUUCUAAUGGUGUGUUAAAACAUUUUCUUAAUGAAUCUUUGAGUUCAGCUUCCGUUCUUAUAUAUUAUAUUUGGUUUUUGAAUCA